AUGGGAGUCAAGGGACUCUACUCCCUGAUCAAUUGCAACCCGGAAUUGCUGGAACCUUAUUUUCUUCACGACGAGACGGUUGUCAUCGAUGGAUGGAACAUCGCCUACCGGUUAUAUCUCGGCAGCAACCUGGAUUGCGUGUACGGAGGCGAACUCUUGGCAUAUACAGACGUCGUAAGAAGUUACUUCGAGUUGUACAAAUCAUCCAACAUCCACUGCGUGGUGCUGCUCGAUGGAGCCUUCGAGCCCGGUGCAAAGAGUAGCACGAUAAUGGAACGAAGUCGACAAAAGAUCACAGCUAUGCGUUCGAUUCGGGGUGAAAACGCAUCCAAGAUAAAAGUGAUGCCCCCCCAUGCCAGCAGAGUUUUCUACGAGGUCCUACGCGAUAUGAGUCACGUCGAGGUGUCGUUCUGUGUCUUCGAGGCCGAUGAGUUCCUCGCGCUCGAGGCCAAUCGGAGAAACUGCGUUUUGGUCUCGGACGACAGUGAUUUUUUCAUUUAUGAUCUGAAGAAAGGAUUGAUCAGACUCAACAGCAUCUCGAGCUAUACGGUUGAGCGGAUGAUUGACGGCCAGCAAGUCACGGGUCUCGAGUGCAGCAUUUACAAGAUAGAGAAGCUUCUUCGGAGAUUCGGGAAAAACUUCAAUCCGGACCUGCUCCCAAUAUUUGGAGCUAUCGUCGGCAAUGAUUUCGUGGCACAGAACGCAUUCUCCAAUUUCUUUAAUACUAUUCGGGUGCCUCGCCGCGUGAAUCUCCGCUACAACCCUCCUCAUGCAAUACUCGUCGCUAUGCUCAACUUCCUCUCGACUCAGUGGAACGUGGAACAAUGCACGCGAGUCAUCAUGAGGUGUGUUCCCUACACCCCCAAAGACCGAAGGGAGAAGCUGAGCAAACUUCUUGCCGACGGUAUCGCGAGAUAUCGCAUGGAGUACGGAGUCAAUGUCAAAGUUCAAUUCAGAGAUGGAACGAAUGUACCGGACUGGCUUCUCAGAAAGCACAUUGAGGGAAAUUUGUCUUGCACUGUGAUAACGGUCAUAGCGACUGGCAUCAUGUAUCUCGAUGUCCGCGUGGAGGCUCUCCACCUGCGAAGUUCGCAUCUUGUUACACUGCCAAUGAGGAAGAAUCUGUAUCGGAUUCUGUUCAAAAACAGAGCUCAAUGUAUAACGGAGUUGGACAGAAGCGGCAAUGAUCUACGCUUCACAGACGUCGAAUUCAGUGAAGGCGAGAUUGGUUUGGAGCAGAUCCCAAGGCUGAACGCGGCUAAGCGACUUGAGUUUUUGAAACAAUGUUGUUUCGUACAAACGAGCUGUGCUGAUCUCGUGUCUUGUCACGGAGGGAAGCUACUGGUUUGGACGAUGGAGUACACGGUUUUCCACGGACAUUAUGACUGGACAUUCAUUGUGUGUAUCAUCAUCAUGUGUAUAACCUCACAAGCUCUCGGGGCACAAUGUUUCGAGGAGAGCGUCAGCUAUUUGCUAGGGCAAGCAAUCGACUCAAACGAAGUUCAACAUUUGAAGAAAUUCUUCCGGAAACCACUGAAAACUCAUAUUGUGAACCUCAAGCUGACACAUCGGAUAAAUGAGUUCGCAGGGUGUCUCCGGAUGGUUCGAACAUUCAAUGAUCUCAUCGGUGUUUAUCAAAAGCCCUUCAAGUUUUAUUUGGCUUUGAUUUUCCGCGUGCAUACCCAUGUCAAGAUGUGGCAGAGAAUAAGUCUACUCAUCUUCAUGGCGAUUUUAUCCUACGUGAUACUGAUGUGGCGAACUUCUCUCCUGACGGAGGAUGCUGAUAUGUAUUUCCCGGACGACGUGGAGGAAGAUUUAGAAUUCUACUCGGAUGACUACUGA